UGUUUACAUUGUGCGAUAAAUGCUGUGGGGUUCGGCUCCUCGUCAAUUGAUUCCCGAGGCCCGGUUGUUUAUCUGUAAGUCAGCCCUGCUUGAGGAGCCCUUUGAUCAAAAGCGUUGCAAAUGUGACCAUCUUAUCUUUUCUUCAUCUAUAUUUGAUGUAUCUUUUAUAUUUUAAUACGGAAGGGUGUAAUCUAAGGAAGAUUUUACUAUUGUUUCUAGCAGAUCAAAUGAACCUUCGUAGCUUCCCUCAUUUAGUUAUUGUUGUUUAGCUUCGGUUCAUACUCUAUCGAGAAAACCUUUGAUCGAAGACGUUCCAGCCAGUGUAGAAUAUUAGCUGAAACCAAACUACUGUUUUUAACAGGUGUAGCUAUUAUGGAGAGUCUCGUUCAGUUUUAAUCCAUUUUUCACUUCAUUUUUAUCCCCAAUGCCCUUAACAAUCCCAGAAAGAUCUUAAUUACUUCCAUCUCAAUUUAAAUCGAUACUACAUCAAUUUUUCUAUAUCACAAUACUAAAUGGAAAAAAAAUCGCUAAUAUUUCAAAAUUUCAUUGAAGUGUGUUAUGUUUGGGUAACUGACACACACAUACACACACAUACGUUCUUGUACAAAAGUUAAGAUACACGUGGCUCUUGGUUCCAAAAGAUGAGUGGUGGGUCGCGAAAAGCCACGUACCAAGAGCUGUAAUAACUAUCCACAUUCAGAGAGAUUCGCUACUCCAGCUGAGAUUUAAAAAGUUAACAGCGACAACAUAAAAGAGUUAACGAUCCAAUAUUAGAAUUUUGUAUUUUGUAGAUUGGAAAUUGUUCUUGUAGCUAAAAUCAUGGCGAAAAAAGAUUCACAAGCAAGUCACCUUUCUGCUGGAGAACAACACCGAAAACAAGUUGGUAAAGAAAAUUUAAAAAAAGCCAAAAAGGAUAACAAAGAAGUAAAAAAGAAAAGUGACCUAAAGAAAUCUUCAAUGCCAAUUACGGAUGUGAUAUUGGUUGUGUUCUCAAUCCUAGUAAUAAUUGCUGCUGUGUACCUAUUUCUGUUUUGGUAUCUCUCACAAGAACCUGAAUCUGUAACUGCUGAAAGUAAAGACCUAUAAAGAUUGCUUGAUAUUUCUAUAUCACAAUAAUAGAUGUUAUCAUCUCAAGUGAAAAAAAAAAAAAAAAUCUGAAAAUAUAAAUAUAAAAAUGUUAAAAUUAAUGAAGUAACAUACUAGUUAAAAAG